AUGUCUUGCUUCUGUUUAGAACAGGAGGCUAUGCUGACAGAAAUGGAAGACCGCCUGACGGAGUCAGUAAAAGUUAAUUUCGACUUUACUCACGCAAUCAGCUAUAUUGCCGGACCGCUGACAGUUUGGCGACUGGAUGCCUGCAAGGCGGUUUGGGCAGGCCACAAUGAAAUUGUGAACGCUCAGAAGAGCGACAAAAUCCUCAUUGAAGACCCCAAUGCCAAAAAGCAGGAAGCCGAAGCGGUUGAAGAGGAGGGUCAGGAGGGAGAGGGCGAAGAGGAGGCUGCCGUGGAAGAGGAGAAAGAAGACGUAGUUCAGGAGGAGGAACACGUUGAAGGUGAGCUGGAUCCGGCGGAAAUCGCAGCAUCCGAAAGACCACCUCUAAAGGAGUGGACUAAACACAUGUGCGUCUACUUGUGCCUGCGUUUAGAUGUCGUCGUCCUAAAUUUCCUGCUUAUGUAA